GGGGUGAACGAUGACAUCUUCUACAACAUCACCAACACCAGCGUCCCUUUUGCUAUCAAUGUCACGACGGGCACCAUCACCGUGACUGGAUUCCUGGACCGGGAACAACUGCCAGAUGAAGUGCUGCAGCUGGAAGUCAUGGCAUGGGAGAAGAACCUGGACAUCUAUGGCAAUGUGGCCAAGAUCAGCACUGAGGUGACAAUCACGGUGGCCGAUGUCAAUGACAACAAGCCCGAGUUCUACCUCUGUUCCCUCUCCAGCUGCAACUUCUCUGCUGAUGCCCAGAACAACUUCACGGGCAGCGUUGUGGAGCACUCCUCCACAAACCUGGCCGUGUCUGGCCUCAGCAUCGUUGCAUAUGACCCUGACAAGGGCGUCAACAGCAGUUUUGAGCUGUAUCUGCAAGGUCCAAAUGCCAGCGCCUUCUCUGUGUCCCCCACGAAGAUUGUGGGCUCAGGGGAAGUCCAGAUCCUGGUGAAAGACCCGCUGGCUGUGGACUACGAAAUAAGCCAUGUCAUGGUGGUGCAGAUUGUUGCUAAUGACACAGGAAACCCCACAGACUGCUGCUCCACAGCCACUGUGACCAUCAACCUCAUUGACAGCAAUGACCACAUCCCCGAGUUCCCCCAGAGCGUCUACUACCUGAAUGUGACGGAGAACAGCGCUGAUGGCACCGUCAUCUCCCCAGGCAUCACGGCCUAUGAUCCGGAUAGUGGUAUCCUGGGCCAGAUCACCUACCAGCUCCUCCCAGAGAGCAUCCGGGAAGUCUUUGCUGUGAACGCCACGACCGGGGCUGUGCUAGUGCAGGACGGGAGCUUGCUGGACCGCGAGACUCGCUCCAUCUAUUAUGCCAACCUCCAGGCCAAGGAUGGGGGAGGCCUGACAGGCUCCACGCUGCUGGAGAUCACUGUGCUGGAUGCCAAUGACAACGCCCCCAUCAUCAUUGGCUCCUAUUUCAUCUCCGUGGACGAGGGGCAGAAUGUCAGCGUGCAGAUCCAGGCCAUGGACAACGAUGAGCCCAAUACCCCCAACAGUGAGUUGCGCUACAAGAUCUUGCCAGGGCCAUUCAGUGACAACUUCACCAUUGAUGCAGAAAAUGGGUUGAUGCAAAACGAGGGGCCACUGGACCGUGAGGCUUUGGAUGAUGAUCGCGGGCAGAUAGUGGUGACGGUGGAGGUGUAUGACCUGGGCACACCACAGCAAAGUACCGAUGUCAACGUCACCAUCAUUGUGGGGGACGUGAAUGACAAUGUGCCUGUGUUCCUCAACCAGUCCUAUGAGUUCUCAGUCUCAGAAGGAUCUGCAGAGUCCUUCGUGGGCAAUGUGGAAGCCACAGAUGCUGACCGGACGGACAUCAAUUCCCGCAUUUCCUUCCUGCUUCAGAGCGGCAGUGGCUCCAGCAACUUCCUAAUCCGCUCAUCCCGCCUGGGGUCAGGGUACUACAGUGGGCUGCUGUACCUGGACCCCGACGUGUCCCUGGACUAUGACACCUUGCAGCAGAAGUUCUUCUCGCUGGUGGUGCUGGCAGAGAACACGGCAGCAGAGAGUGUGGGGGACACUGCUAAUGCCUCAGUGGUAGUCUAUGUCCUUGAUGUCAAUGAUGAGCCCCCCACCAUCCUGUCAGCCUCUCUGCAUGACGUGAGCGUGAGCGAGAACGGCACCCAGGAGGGCCUUGUCCACACCGUGGUUGCCUCUGACCUGGACACCAACCACUCGCUGGUCUUUGAAGAGCUGGCGGUCACCUGCUUCAAGGGGGCGAGCGACGCUGGCAAUGUG